AUGCCGCUUGGCACCGCCGAGUGCUACUGCGGGGGGCGGGGCUCGAAACCACAAGAGGGGGGCCGACCGUCGGCGCCCCUCGGCCUCAGCGACGACGUCUAUAGUAUAAACUCGACCCGUGUUGGCGUCAUCCCAUCUCAUCUCUUUGUGCUCGUAGACUCCUCCGUCCAACUAAACACUUUGGCCCUCGACUUCCGCAUCGUCGUGGACCUCAACCCCCUGAUCCCCGUCGGCGUCGGGCCCUUUGGACAGCGGAACUGGAUCUCCUUCUCCGGGGGCGUCUUCACGGCCACGUGGGGCACCGGCACCGUCGUCUCCGGCGGGCAGGACAGUCAGGUCGUCGUGGCCGAGAGCCUGAGCACCGCCGUCGAGACGUCGUACCUGCUCAAGACGGACGAUGACGUGCCCGCCUACAUCACCGUGAGGACGACGGGGUGGCGGACGGGGCCGCGGGGGGUGAUGGAGAGGCUGUUUGACCCCGCGCGGGCCAACGACGUCAAGCCGGACGAGUACAGUUUCCGGCUGAACGUGAAGAUGGAGACGGGGGACGAGAGGUACAAGGAUACUGUGAACACGGCCAUGUGGGUUGGCAGCGGCGCCCGGCUGGGGGCCACGGUCAUCUACGAUGCCUACCGCGUGGUCUGA